AGCCUUUGAAGAUGGAGAUCGUAGAUCGUGCCUCGAGUUUGAUCAUCGUUGUGAAUUAACAUGAACCGCAAAACUUACUGGUUGACGGAUCAUGACACGAUACAGUCCAACUGCACGGCGGACUACUCCGGAUUCUACCCAAUGCAGCCCAUUAUCGUGUCUAAACCCAUGAAUUAAGGUUUGAAAAAGUAGCCAACGCUGUCGUUUCACGCCCUCUAUCUCACUUCUACUCCUGUAGCUUUGCCAAAUUACAGUUAAGACCCACUCGUCUUCUUCAUCUCUGGCGUUCACCAAAGCUAUCAGAACAACGUUUGAUCAAUCCAUCUCAAUCUCAGUUCCAAUUUCAUUUUCAAUGGGAAGCACCAAUAACUUCUUUCCGUCAGCCUCCGUCACCAGCAGCGGUCGCCCGGUUCUCCUUCAGAACGAAGUAGAAUGCAAUCUCCUCUCCAACGUCGACCUCGAACCCGACGAUACCACCAAUCCCAAUUUCUUUUAUCCUUUAAAAUCUGGCCUUUUAAUCCUCACCACCCACCGCCUUCUCUGGCUCUCAUCCUCCGCCACCUCCACCGCCGCCGCCGCCGUCCCGCUCUCCAGCAUCACCCACAUCCUCGCCUCCAAAAGAUCCAUCAAGUCAGUCUUCCACUCCCCGCGCUUCCGCUUCCAAGUCUCCGUCACUAGCGACAAUCGGGUCGCUGAAUCUGGUCGGGGUCCGAAGUCUGUGGUGGUGACGGCUGUUGUGAGGGGUAAGGGCGACUGGGAGGUGUUUGUGGCAAAGCUGUGGGAGUGUUGGAGGGGGAAAGCGUGGGAGGUGACCAGUGAGAAUGUGGGCGGGACUGGGUCGGGUUUGAGUUCAAGUUCGAAUUCCGGUUUGGGUCCAACUGGGUUGUAUGGGAGUGAUGGGUCGGUGAGAAUGGUGGGAGUGGCUGGCAUAUUGAGGAGGGAGCAGGAGAAGUGGGAGAGUACUGACAAGAGCAUGCAAGAAGCAUUUCAUGACUUAAAUGCUCUCAUGAGUAAAGCUAAAGAGAUGGUGAUGUUAGCAGAGAAGAUGAGGCAGAAACUUUUGUCUGGCUCGAAUUCACAUACAGGUUCAGCAAAUGAAGAGGAAGUUGGUUCUAAAGAAGAUAUGCAAGAAUUAUUAUUGAGUGUUGGUAUUAUAUCUCCAGUUACAAAAGAGUCAGCUGGUGCCUUAUAUCACCAACAAUUGUCACGCCAGUUGGCAGAUUUUGUCAAAAUUCCGCUAGAGAGAGCUGGAGGAAUGAUCAAUCUUAUUGAUAUCUAUUGUCUCUUCAAUCGUGCUCGAGGCACAGCAUUGAUCUCACCAGAUGAUUUGCUGCAAGCAUGCUCUCUUUGGGAGAAGUUUGAUGUUCCUGUAAUGCUUCGGAAGUUUGAUAGUGGAGUCAUGGUCAUCCAGAACAAGUCCCACAGUGAUGAGGAGGUUUUUGCCAGAAUCAAAGCCCUGGUGACAAAGCCUGAAGCUCUCCGAACUGGAAUAAGUGCCAGUGAUGCUGCAAUGACAUUAGGGAUUGCUCCAGCUAUGGCCAAGGAGCAUCUUCUAACUGCUGAGAGCAGAGGUCUCCUAUGCCGAGAUAUCAGUCCAGAUGGCUUUCGCUUUUAUUUCAAUUUGUUUCCUGAAAUCGUUCUAGAUGACUUGUACUUAGUCAAAGAACAUGGGAUCUAUAGUACAUGGGUAAAAUCUGCAGCUGUUUCUGGGUAAAAGGUUGCAGUGGAUGCAUAGGCUUAAGCUUUUGGAACCACUUUCUGAACAGAGGGAUUUGCCUGACUUCAAUGGUAAAAGAUAUUCAGAACUAGUGUAUCAAUCAGGCUGACAUUAAUUCUUCAUUAUCUUUACAAGUUGAAAGUUUUCCGUCAAAAGAUGGCAAGAGACCAAGACCAAGUCCAAAAUUGUAUUUGUAUCCUGUUCAUUGUAAGUCAGGCUAUCAGUUGAGAUUGGAGCCAUUUUUAGCGAUGCAUAGAGGUGAUCAGUGAUAAAUAUGUGGUUAAAUCCCUGCUUAUUUUCUCAGCAAGGUCAUAAUAGAAAAAAUCUUCUGUAUCUCAGGUAUUACUUUUGGGAUUUGUAAAACUAUAGCUUGGCAUAUUUAGUACAUGCCCAAAUAUUUUCUCAACAUUGCUUUAAAGUUGGUAUAAGGAAAGUGUAAAUUAUGAUAAAAGUCAAAUGCAGUCAUUUUCCCUGUCUUUCUUGGGAAAACAUUUUUAUGAUUACCUGCACCCUCAGCAUGUAAUAGUUGAUUGGGUAUGGUUGUGAAGAAGUAUUGUUUCUUGUCAUUGAAAAUGUAUUGGAGCUGUUUGUGUAUGGUGGCAA